AACAUUUUCCGUGCUAUAACACAACAAUUGCCUAACACGUAUUCUUGAAAAUUCUCAAAUAAUAUCCAGAAUAAUCUCAAUACUUUUGAGAGAAUUUAAUUUGUGUACUUGCAUGUGUCUUACAUGUAUAUUAUUGAAUUUUUUAUCGACGACGAUCUACUGGUCCGGUUUUAAUGACCUCAAAGCAGUUACCUCAGAACUAUUCAAAGCAGUCAUUCCGCUUUUCUUUUCAUCACCGUUGCUUUGGGAAUGACAACUCUUAGCGUCACAUUAGUAAAGGUUGCAUCGCAAGCGAAUGUCUCUGGACAAUUUAUUAAGGAUAUUGUAUUUCUCUUGGCUCAACUGAUACAUAUAUUUUUUUUUUUAUUACAAGGACAAUUCGUACUGAAUGCAAACGAUGAAUUUGCCGAAUCGAUAUAUAACACGUUCUGGUAUAAUACUAAUACGAGAACGAAACUGUUGCUUGUAUUAGUACUAAGAAGUUGCUCAAGUGCUCCUAAUCUAUCAGCUGGAGGACUGCUAGUCUUUAAUUUGAAAAACUUCUCAGAGGCAAGCAUCUCUACUUUAAUCCACAAUUAUUGAGUUGGUAACUAAGUGAUUAUGGAUUUUGUUAAUACCAUUAAAUCAAUGUACACGACAUCGUAUUUUUCAGAUUCUGAAAACAUCUUUUUCAUAUUUCACCGUACUAAAAACUACGUGAAGUAUGUAACAUAUCCGACAAAGGCGAUGGAAUCAAAUUCCAGAAUGAAUAAAGUUUUACGGAUGAGAUACGCAUUUAAUCAGGAUGUUUUCUGCUUUUCAACCACCGAGUUCUUUUUAUUUUACACCCGUACAGUAUAACACUUGGUGAGGAAAUGAUAUGAAAUUUCAGAAUGUCUAAACGACGGAAAUUUGUACCGCGUUUGAGUUUAAGUUCUCAAAUUUUAAUCACCUCACAUCAGUUUCAAACAGAAUAUUAUCUGCGAUUUGAAAAGUGCUAAUGAAUAAUUUUGUAUAAUGGUGCAAUGUUUUAGAUGUACAAUAAUAUUUAUGUAAAUGUCGUACAUAUAAAUUCCUUACCAAGUACGACAAUUUAUGGGGAUCACUAAACUACACUUAAAACAAAUUUUUAACCCUUACAG